AUGCGUCGCGCCGCCAUUCGUACUCUCCGGCACACACCUGCUCGUCGACAUAUCUCGCAUGCAGCCUCGGGGGUGAAAGCCCAUGCUAGUGCCGCGGACCCGCCGGUACGAAUCACGACGCUUCCCAAUGGCCUCCGUGUAGCGACAGAGUCGACACCGGGUCACUUCUCUUCUGUCGGCCUUUACGUCGACGCGGGUUCGAGGUAUGAGAGUCCAUCAACAUCUGGUGUCAGUCAUUUCCUGGACAGGAUGGCAUUCAAGACAACUACAUCUCGUUCAGAAGAACAAAUGGCCGCUGACAUCGACGCUCUCGGUGGUCAAAUUCUUUGCUCGUCUGCUCGAGAGUCCAUCAUGUACCAGUCCUCCCACUUCCACCAGGGCACGCCUCUCGCGCUAUCCCUCAUUUCCGACACUGUACUUGAGCCCGCCUUCCUACCAGAUGAACUUGAGGCGCAACGGGAGGCCGCUCGGUAUGAGAUUCGGGAAGUCAGCUCCAAGCCGGAGAUGAUACUCCCAGAAAUCCUACAUGACGUCGCGUACGAUGGCAAGACACUUGGGAACCCCCUACUAUGCCCGGAGGACCAAAUAGACCGGAUCGACAGGCCUGCUCUGAAAGGCUUCAUGAAGGAGUGGUACACUCCGGAUAGGAUGGUCAUUGCAGGGGCGGGGAUGCAGCAUGAGGAGCUUGUCGAACUGGCCGACAAACAUUUCGCAUCCCUCAAGGGUGCCAAGCCUACUCACUCGCGGUCGAGCACGGGCACACAACAAAUACCCAAAAACCUGCUUCAUUCAUCACAGCAGUCAUCUCCCUCAUUACUCAAGUCCCUCAGUCGCUCCGCGUCUUCCUAUCUCACGCCGGAGCCUGCCUCAGGACAGCCCCCAUUGAACCAGGGGUCUACCUACACCGGCGGACACCGUUUCAUCCACGACUCCGCGACAGAGUUCAACCACGUAUAUCUGGCGUUCGAGGGCGUUGGUAUCCACGACGAUGACGUCUACGCUGUUGCGACUAUGCAAGUGCUUCUCGGCGGCGGAGGCAGCUUCUCGGCAGGCGGUCCCGGGAAGGGGAUGUACUCGCGGUUAUACACGCAUAUCCUCAAUCAUUUCCCCCAGAUUGACCACUGCGCGUCUUUCCACCACAUCUACACGGAUUCGUCCCUGUUUGGCCUCUUCGCAUCCUUCGUCCCAUCGAGUGGCCGCCAGGCGAAUGCGCCCGCCCACAUCUUCCCACACCUAGUGCACCAGCUGAGCUUGCUGCUGUACUCGAACCUUCCCCAAGCGGAGCUAAGCCGCGCAAAGAACCAGCUCAAGUCGAGCCUCAUGAUGGCGCUCGAGAGCCGUGCCGUCGAGGUGGAGGAUCUUGGGCGACAGGUUCUCGUUCAUGGGCGCAAGGUCCCGGUCUCGGAGAUGUGCGAGAAGAUCGAUGCUGUCGACGAUGCCACACUUCGUCGGGUCGCCGCCCGUCUAUACGGCCCUCGCACCUCCGCGCGUGCGAGCGUCGUUGUGAUGGGUCGGGAAGACGUAGGAGACUACCGUGGGGUCCUGCGCAAGUAUGGCCUCGCCGACGCGUGAGCACACCAUACCGCUCUCGCCUUUCUGUUACAGCACACAUACAUUUUGUACUAUGAUCAUUGCACCUUACAUGCUACUCUAAUGAAUAACGCAUUGCUCUCU